UCCAGCCUGAAUGACCCAGUGAGAUGCUGUCUUACCAAAAAAAAAAAAGGAAAAAAAUUUUACAUCAUGUCAUGUAAGUCCUAGACUCUAAUCUUUUGUUUGUAGUACAAAAAAUCCACUGAUCUAAUUUUAAAAGAAUGUCAUAUCAUGUACUUAGUUCCUGUUCAUUGUUAUUUUUUUAGGUUUUCAAAUAUAGAUACUAUUAUUGCUGUACUAAAGUAGACAAGAAUUCUCUCAGUUUUAAUAAUGGGAAAACAGUAAGAUGACUACAUUAAGUCGAUUUCCAGAUUAUUUAAACUUUUAAAAGAGUUGUUUUUAAGGGAAAUGAAUAGAAAUGACCCACUUUGAGGAACCCAUGGCAAAAUCAAACACAAAACACAGAGUUUGUUCUCGGGAAUCUUCAGUAUCUUCUUUGCUAGCAAGCUGCAGCCUGAAUGGUAGUAAUUCCUCUAACUCUGAUGGCUCUUUUCACUUUAAGAAUAAACUGUAUAGAUCUGCUUCCCAGGCUCUACAGGCCUACAUUGAUGAUUUUGAUCUAAGCCGAAUAUAUCCUGGUGCAAGCACUGGAAAAAUUAACAUUGAUGAGAACUCUACUGAUAUGCCACAUUUCUCCAACGAUAUUUACAAACCAAACAAUGCUUUUGAAAAUCCUGAUCACAAAAAGCACUCAAACUCCUUAUUCUAUAGAAGACAGACUAUUAAUGACAUAGACUCCAUUAGCCUAACAACUGAUGAUCUAUUAAAACUUCCAGCAGAUGGAUCAUUUUCUUUCACUUAUGUUGGACCAAGCAACCGAACGAGCAAGAAAAAAAAGGGAUGCAUUGGAAGACUGGGUUCAUUGAACAUUGAAAAGAAUUCAAAUUUUCAAGAACCUUCCACUCCCAUGGACAAGGAUAACUUAGUUACUCCUGCUGUAUGCACAAAUAUAAAUGGAAAGCAAUGUGGUAGGCUAAAAAACCCAAAACAUAUGAAUAGGACUAAUAAAUGUGUUUCUGAGUCAUCUUUAUCUUUUCCCAAGAAAUCAUCUUUCAAGGACAGUUCAGAACACCAUCGUGGAAAGAAUUAUCCAAGAUGGCUCACUAGCCAGAAAUCUGACCUUAACGUUUCGGGGAUAACUAGUAUACCUGAUUUCAAAUACCCAGUCUGGCUCCACAAUCAAGACUUGCUACCUGAUGCAAAUAGUCAAAGUGUUCCUAAAAUAUUUAAAGAAGAUCAGUGUUCCCCUAGACAUAGUUAUCAGGCACAAAGAACUUCUCGGCACGUGAAUAAAUCAGAUUGUUUUGAAUAUUCUUUUGAACCUUCAGACUUUCCAAAUUCCAUGAGUGAUGAUAAAGAAUUAGUUAAUGAAUACAAAUGUGAUUUUGAUCGUAGUCAAUGUCACUAUGAAAAUCCACUUCUCCCAGGACAAUCCACAAAGCCAUUCAGUGGUGACAAAAUUCAGUUGCUUAUCCUGAAGGCCAAGAGAAAUCUAGAGCAGUGCCCUGAAGAAACACCAAGGUCUAUGAAAAAGGAUGACAGCCCUUGCUCAUUAGAUAAACUUGAAGCAGAAAGAUCAUGGGAAAAUAUUCCUGUUACUUUCAAAUCUCCUGUUCCUGUUAACUCUGAUGAUAGUCCUCAAACUUCAGGGGCAAAGUGUGCUAAAGGGGUUCUUGAAGACUUUUUAAAUGAUGAUAAUCAGAGCUGCACCCUUUCUGGAGGCAAACAUCACGGUCCUGUUGAAGCCCUGAAACAAAUGUUAUUUAAUCUUCAAGCAGUACAAGAAAGUUUUAAUCAGAAUAAAUCCACAGAACCAAAAGAAGAGAUUAAACAAAUUUCAGAAGAUGACCUCUCUAAAUUACAGUUGAAGGAAAGUAUGAUUCCUAUUACUAAGUCACUUCAAAAGGCUUUGCACCAUUUAUCUCGCCUGAGAGACCUUGUUGAUGAUACCAGUGGAAAGCAGUCACCAAAAACGUGAAGAGGAAAAUAAAACUGUCGCCACAAUAAAUAGUCAGCACAGAACAAAUAUGCAUUUUUUUCCUAUUACUUAAACUGACAAAGUUAUUAUAAGCCAUACAUAAUUCUGUGACUGGUUCAAGUAUUAUAUAUUUCUAAAAACUAAACUUGAAAACAUCCAUAGGAUUUGUGACCUAUCGCUUACUAUGUGCCAAAAUAGUAGAAUGUGAAGUGGAAGGACCCACAAUAUAUCCUAUAGUCUUACUUUGGUCUUUAGGCCAGCAAAUGUCUAAUAUUCAAAGAUGGAUGAUUUCUCUUCUUGAAGCUUUUGUGACCUAACCUUCUUUCAGCAUCCUCAUCAUUUUAUCAUCUGGUUCUGGAUUAUUAAGAAACUUUAUGGUUUCUAUCAAAAUCUUAAGUUAAAAAGACUUUUUUGGAUAUAGUUAGUAUCACUUUUAAGCAGCUUAAACAAAUAUCAAAAUUGUUAUUGUAUAUCUUAUCCAUAUCAAAGCCUGUCACUUUUAAGUUUCCAUAAAUCAAAUAUUUAAGAUA